AUGGAUGGUAUUACUCCUAUUCAAUCAUUCCAACCGUCUCAACAAGGUCAAGAAUAUUCACAACUGAUAGGCAAUGGCCUUAUGCCAUUUUCUGAAAAAGGAAAAAGACAACCAGGGAAUGUGAUUUAUAUGAGUUUGAAGUGUGUAAUGACUGGAGGGAUUUUUGAAAUAAUAAUUGAAGAAGAGCCUCAGUCCAUAGUCAUACUAAAAGGUCAGUCUGACGGAAAAGAGUAUUGGCUGACUGUGCAUGGAGAAUUAAGAGUGUAUUUAGUUUAUUUUUAUGACGACAAUCUUCAGAGAAAUGGAAAUGACUUGACUGUGACUAUUUGCGUUAGACGAGUUUGUGGAGGCAGGCUUAAAUAUUCUUUACGUAUUUUUGAUUCCAUUGAGAUACCCAUUGAAACAAUGAUUGAGGAAAAAGACAAAGAACUAGUUUUUAAAGGAUAUGGAUUACCGUCAGAGAGUGGAUAUUCUGUUGGAAAUUUAAUUGUGAAAAUAGUUGGUGUGGAUUAA